AGAAGACAACGCAAGCCGUUCAAAAGUUUAAAUAGCUGUGCCUGCAGCACUUUAACUGAAUUGGUGACAAUCGAUGCUAAAGUAAUAUAGACAUGUUGCGUAUACGACGACGCUUCGCGCUAAUUAUUUGCUGCGGCUGUUUAAUUAUUUUCCUCAGCCUAUACAUUAUAUUAAAUUUUGCAGCGCCGGCUGCAAAUUCUAAAAAGCCAACUUUUAGCGGAUUUGAGCAAAAAUUGCAACAACUCAAAGAUGGAUUGCAAGAACGCGGACAGAAGGUGCGAAAUAUGCGCGAGGGCAUAGCCAAGAGAUUGGCAAAGGAUAAAGCGCAGCUAAACAGAAAUCAACUGAUUGAGAUUGACAAUGGCGUAUGCAUGGAUGUGCAUCAGGUGCCAGAAGUGGACGUUCAAAUGUUGCAGCUCUAUGAUCAAAUGUCCUUUGCCGAUGUGGAUGGGGGUGUGUGGAAGCAAGGCUGGAACAUUAAAUACGAUCCGCUACAGUACAAUAAUCAUCACAGACUGCAUGUGUUUGUUGUGCCGCACUCGCACAAUGAUCCUGGCUGGAUACAAACCUUUGAGGACUAUUAUAAUACUGAGACAAAGCAUAUAUUAUCAAAUGCGUUGCGUCAUCUUACCGAGAACCCAGAUAUGAAAUUCAUUUGGGCAGAAAUCUCAUAUUUUGCGCGCUUCUAUGAAGACUUGGGCGAGCACAAGAAGCAACAAAUGAAAUUAAUUGUCAAAAAAGGGCAACUGGAAUUUGUUACUGGUGGCUGGGUUAUGCCGGAUGAGGCGAACUCUCAUUGGCGCAACGUGUUGCUGCAGUUAACCGAAGGCCAAACCUGGCUAAAGCAGCAUCUAAAUGUAACUCCAAUAUCCUCCUGGUCCAUUGAUCCGUUUGGGCACAGUCCCAGCUUGCCGUACAUACUACAGAAGAGCGGCUUCCAGAAUCUCUUGAUACAGCGCACGCAUUAUGCAGUAAAGAAGGAGCUAGCACUGCAGCGUCAGCUAGAAUUUCACUGGCGACAGUUGUGGGAUAUACGCGGCAGUACUUCGCUGUUUACGCACAUGAUGCCCUUUUACUCAUAUGAUAUACCGCACACCUGUGGCCCGGAUCCCAAGGUGUGCUGUCAAUUUGAUUUCAAACGUAUGAACGGAUACGGGCUGAACUGUCCCUGGCGUGUGCCGCCGCGUCCUAUAGACGAUAAUAAUGUGAAUGCCAUGUCUGAGUUGCUGGUGGAUCAGUGGAAAAAGAAAGCUGAGCUAUAUCGCACGAAUGUAUUGCUAGUGCCGUUGGGCGAUGAUUUUCGUUAUAAGCAAAACACCGAGUGGGACGUACAGCGUGUAAAUUAUGAGAAGCUAUUCGAGCAUAUCAAUGCACAUUCAAAGUUCAAUGUGGAGGCACAAUUUGGCACUUUGCAGCAGUACUUUGAUGCAGUUCAUCGCGCAGCGGAUAUACAAUUCCCAACUCUGAGUGGCGACUUUUUCACUUAUGCAGAUCGCGCCGAUAACUACUGGAGUGGCUACUAUACUUCACGUCCAUAUCAUAAGCGCAUGGAUCGCGUGCUCAUGCAUUAUGUGCGAGCUGCAGAAAUGUUACACGCUUGGCCAACCUGGGAUACAAGCUUCAGUCGUCGACUUGAGCAAGCACGCCAGGAUUUGUCGCUCUUUCAGCAUCACGAUGGCAUCACGGGCACCGCCAAAACGCAUGUGGUGCAGGACUAUGAGCGGCGCAUGGUGGAGGCACUCAAAGCCUGCCAAUUUGUCAUGCAACAGGCUGUAUAUAAGCUACUCACUAAGCCCACACUCUACAGUCCGGACUAUAACUUUCAUUAUUUCACAUUGGACGACUCGCGUUGGCCUGGCGUUGGUGUGGAGGAGAGCCGCACCACCAUCAUACUCGGCGAGGAGCUGCCUACCAAGCAUGUGGUGCUGCACAACACGUUGCCACAUUGGCGUGAGCAGCUAGUGGACUUUUAUGUCUCCAGUCCUUCUGUGGGCGUUACAGACCUGGCUGGCAAUGCAAUCGAGGCACAAGUGUCUCCUGUCUGGACCUGGCAUCAUGACACGCUCAGCAAAACUGUCAACCCACAAGGCUCCACCACAAAAUAUCGCAUUAUCUUUAAUGCGCGUGUGCCACCCAUGGGUCUGACCACUUAUGUGCUCUCAAUCUCUGACUCGAAGCCUGCACACACCAGCUAUGCUACAAAUAUGAUACUUAACAGCAAUCCAGUCACUCUGAACUUGGGUGCGUAUCCACAUGAAGUCAAGUUUGCUGAUCACCGGGAGUUCUCGCUGCGUGUAGGCAAAGGACCAACGCUGGCAUUCUCUGAGCAAGGCAUGCUGAAGUCGGUGCAGCUGAAGCCAGAGAGUCCUCAUGCGCCAGUGCAUCUGAAGUUCCUCAAGUAUGGCACUCGCACGCAUGGCGAUAAAUCGGGCGCAUAUUUGUUUCUGCCCAAUGGCCCUGCACUGCCCUUGACAGCAGCAGGUCCAACGCCUAUUGUGCUUAUAAGCGAGGGAAAGCUGGAGUCCUUCGCUAGCGUUGGCCUGCCCCAUGUGGUGCAUCAGACCAUACUACGCAGCGAUGGCAGUGCGCCCGAAAUACGUAAUAUCGUUGACAUAGGCUUGACUGAUAAUACGGAGAUUGUUAUGCGACUGCAGACCCAUAUAGACAGCGGUGACAUUUUCUACACAGACCUCAAUGGGUUGCAAGUGAUUAAGCGACGACGUUUGGAGAAGCUGCCGCUGCAGGCCAACUAUUAUCCAGUGCCAUCGGCUAUAUUUAUUGAGGACGCCGACUUGCGCUUGACUAUGCUCACUGGACAGCCUUUGGGUGGCUCCUCGCUGGCUGCGGGCGAAAUUGAAAUAAUGCAAGAUCGCCGUCUGGCUAGCGAUGAUCAACGUGGCCUUGGACAGGGCGUGCUGGACAACAAGCCAGUGCUGCAUACCUAUCGCUUGGUGCUGGAGAAGAUUGUGGGCUGUGCGCGCCCAUCGGAAGCGCAUCCUGGCAGCUAUUUGACUAGAGCUGCGCACAAAGCUUCGCAGGCGCUGCUGGAUCCAUUCGACAAGUUCAUAUACGCUGAAAAUGAAUGGACAGGUGUACAGGCGCAGUACGGUAGCGAUCAUAUGGUGGCCAAUGAAGACCUGGAUGUAGUUACAGUGCGUCGUCUGUCCAAAUAUACGUCUAAGACACAAAGAGUUGGCUGCGUGCUGCAUCGCACACAGCUUCUUCAGUGCGGCAAUGAGUUGCCAGCGGAUAAGUUUAAUGCGUGCAACUUACUGCCUGAAGCUGCUGCCCAAUCUGAUGUGAGCUGUCAUCGCACGACGCUUACAUUCCUACAGCAACUGGAAGAGUUCAGACAGCAGAAGGCUGCGCCUUUGUGCCCCAUGGACACAGCUGCCUAUGUAAUAAGCUACAGCACGGACAAUGACAUCGAGAGCUGAAUUUCAGCUUAACUGCAAAAGCAAUAGCAAAAGAUAUUCAGCAUAAUUGACAAAGCAAACUAAACUGCACGCGAAAUUGUUUAUUUGACGUACUUUAAUACUAACCAAACCCCAUAUGACAUACGUAUGCGAAUCUCAGUUACGUAAACCUAUAUGUUUGUAAUUAAUUUAAUUGUUAUUGAAUAUCUCACCGAGCACCACUAGCACAGGGAAUUUUGAUUUUAUUAUUUUCGUGUCCUUAAUUUUGUUUUAGUGUGAUACUUGUAGAAUCUCUUGCGAUUUAAAGCAAUCAUACAUGUAACCGUAACCUAAUGAUAUUGCAAUAUUGUCUAGAACUUUAAUCUUUUAUAAGAUAAGUGAUAAAUCGCAACUGCAAUUCGAAUUAUGUGUAAUAACAAUAUUAUUGGACCCGUUCAAACUGUGACAGAAUAAAAACUCGAAUUAGAUUUAACUAGCGUUCGAUGAAUGGGUUCAGUUAGUAUUGUUCAUUUUAGCGCUAUUCAAAUAAAACUAUUAAUAAGUGU